GGUGGGGCGCGCGGACUCAGCGGCUGUGUGAAAUGGCGGCUCUGGUUUAAACACACUGAGUUGAUUCCUGUGAAUUUAGCGGCGCUCUUAGAACGGUUGGCUUCAUCCGGCUGCAGCGGACAGUCACUGGGAGACAGAGAUCGGAACUGGACUCGUGUUUAAAGAGAAGGUGUGAUGGCGAAGAGGAUCGCUGACAAAGAGCUGACAGACAGGAACUGGGAUCAGGAGGAAGAGGGAGAGGAGGCGGGGACUUUUUCACUUGCAAGUGAGGAUGUGUUGAAGAGUCGAGCGAUAAAGAAGGCAAAACGCAGAAACACAGGAGGAGAGAGCGAAGGGGGAGGAGCUUUCAAAGGGUUCAAAGGCUUCUCUAUGGCUACGCCUUCUACGACUCCUACUGCCUUCUCUGGGUUUGGAAACGCUGGAGGCUUUAAAGGCUUUGGAGGUCUGAGCAACGGGAACAGCACCACUCCUUCAUUUGGAGGUUUCUCUUCUCCACCCAAGUCUGCUGCUGCCAUCGGUGUAACGUUCAACGGGCCGUCCUCCUCCCAGCCUGCUGCUGACAUCAGCACCCAGCAGACCAACGGCUCUGCCCCCAGCCCGACUCAGAGCUCCGGUAACAAGGAGUACAGCCGGCAGCUCACAGCGCUCAACUGCUCUGUGCGCGACUGGAUCACCAAGCAUGUGAACAGCAACCCUCUGUGCGACCUUAACCCCAUCUUCAGGGAUUACGAGCGGCACCUCGCCAGCAUCGAGCGGCAGUAUGGAGCGGGCUCUGCCGACGGCGGCUUGGAAAAGAAGCAGGGAUCUACCCCUCCUCCUCCUUCCUCCUCCAGCAGCGGCUCAGCAGCUCCGUCAGCUGCUUUGUUCUCCUUCAGCAAAACCACGACAGAGGAUCCAGCUCAGAAAAGCUCCAGCUCUGCUCCCAUCCCUGCCGGGGUCACUUUCAACUUCGGUGAGAAGGUGGACGGCUCCGUCCUGGGAUCGCUGGCGUCUAAAACAUCUAUCCCCAGCUUCUCCUUCUCCUCCUCCUCGUCCAGUCAGACCUCCCUGUUUGGAGCUUCAGGACCUGCUGCUCCGCUGCCCUUCGGUGGGAAUAAAACCCAAAACGCUGCAGAAGACAAUGCAGAGGAAGAGUCGGAGGAGCCCCCAAAACCAGAGGUGAAGGAGGUGAAAGAGGACGACGCUUUCUAUUCAAAGAAGUGUAAAUUAUUCUACAAGAAGGAGUCGGAGUUCAAAGAGAAAGGAGUGGGAACGCUCCACCUCAAACACACCGCUGAGGGGAAGACUCAGAUGAUCGUCAGAGCCGACACCAAUCUGGGAAACAUCCUGCUGAACAUCAUCGUCCCGCCUGCUAUGCCCUGCUCACGGGUUGGGAAGAACAACGUGAUGGUGGUCUGCGUCCCGAACCCGCCGUUUGACGACAAGAACCCGAGCACCCCCGUCCCCCUCCUGAUCAGAGUGAAAACCUCCGAGGAUGCAGACGAGCUCCAUAAGACCCUGGAGGAGAAGAAAGGCUGAGCCCCCUGCUACCGGAACCCACCUGCACCGCCCUCCCUGAGCUUUUAACAGGCCCCGCCCACUCAUCCUCCCACUCUGUCGUACCCACUCAUCCCCGUAGAGCUGUUCGGUCAUCAUGCUGUGAAAUGUUAUUGUUCAAAUCAGAAGCAGGUCGUUGUGUGACUUUAUUCCCCUCUGGUUCCACGCUGCUGUCCCAGUUCUGUUUUAAUCCGGACGUCACCGGACCGAAGCGUGAACCCAGACGAGUUGCUUUGUUUGGGAGGGGGGGGGCUCUAAUCUAAGGGCCAGUCAAUUUGGUUUUACAAAUUAAACACCUGCAGUCACAGUUAGAUUUUUUUUUUUUCUAUGAAUAUUUUAAGGAGCGUUUAGAGUGAAACUGCUGAGUGAAUGUUCUGGAAACUAUUUAUUACGUCUGCAGGAUUUUUACUCUGAGAGAAGCUCGACUGAAUUGGUGUGGGAGUGUGAAACGGACCACUUUUACUUUGUUGUCCUGUUAACAAACUGUGGCUUUCCAAGUGUCCUUUGUUCGGCCUUCAGGAUGAGACCGUCAUCGUCUGACAACAUUUGUAAAGAAUAAAAGGAAAUAACAAUC